AUGCCUCCCCACGAAGGCUUAGUACACCUUAAGGAAUACGACAUCAAAGAUAGUAAUGUCGAGCUGAUUGGAACCGACAUUGAUCAUCAAGUCAAGUACAAGUCAGCAGCUGAGGAACCCGCAUGGCAAGUCGUCGGAAAGGGGCCAGGUCUGUCUAUUUGGCGCAUCGAAAACUUCCAGGUCGUUCCGUGGCCUAAGGAUAAAUACGGCCAGUUCUACGACGGCGACAGUUUCAUUGUACUCCAUUCCUUUAAGGUUGGCAGCAAGGAUGGUUCCGAAAAGCUUAGCCAUGAAAUAUUUUUCUGGCUCGGCUGCCACACGUCGCAGGACGAGGCUGGCACCGCCGCUUACAAGACUGUCGAGCUAGACGAGUUCCUUCACGGCGCCGCGUCUCAGCACCGAGAAGUGCAGUCGGCUCCCUCUGAUGAGUUUCUGGCCUUGUUCCCCAGAAUUUCCAUCCGCUCCGGUGGUGUCCGUUCCGGCUUUAGACACAUCGAGGAGGCUCCCAAAGAAGACGUCACUACUCUUCUCCGCGUUUUCACUAACCCGGGAUCCAAGACUUCUAACGGUAUCGUUGUCCACGAAGUUGAGCCGACCUAUCGCAGCCUCGACGACGGCGACGUCUUCAUCCUGGACAAGGGCGUUAAGAUCUGGGUUUGGCAGGGCAAGAGCUGCAGUCCAAUGGAAAAGGCCAAGGCGGCCCAGGUUGUGCACGACAUGACUCUAGCGAAGCACAUCGAUGUCGAGGUUGUUGCGCAGACAGAAUCACGCUCGCGCCGCGUGAUUGACCUUCUCGGCGGAGACACUUCCACGCAGUUUGAUGGCUUCAAGCAGGGACGCCCCAUCGCCUCCGGCAACAAGGCUUCUGUUGCAUCCGGUCGUUCGAAGAAGCUGUUCAGGCUUAGCGAUGCCUCUGGACAGCUUUCUUUCAGUAUGGUCAAGGACGGAAAUGUCGCCGCCAGCGAUCUGGAUAGCAAUGGCGUCUUCCUCUUGGACAGUGGCAAGGCCGUCUGGGUGUGGGAGGGUCAAGGUGCCAGUCGUGCUGAGAAGGCUCAAUGGCUGCGAGUUGCACAGGCCUACAUUCGCCAGCUGGGUCAGUCAUCCACAGACAGCCAUCUUAUUCCUUUGGCGAAAGUCAAUCAGGGCAAUGAGUCCAAAGCUUUCCAGCAAGCCAUCGUGGCGUAA